AUGAAGUUCUCUUUCACCCUCGCUACCUUGGCGACGGUAGCCUCAGCGUUCCCGGUCAUUGAUACUGCCAACGAGGCUGCACUUUUGAAAGCAGCCAAGCUUGCUGCCCGGACUGUGAAAAUUAUCGAGGCGGAAAAUGCACAGGCCGCUCAACCUGUGCGCCGCUCAACGCUUCCCCUUCCUCAGGACGCACUGGGAAUCAGCAAAGCAGAAACCAACUGCGGCCCAACUAUUCCAUGCCCCUCAUUCGAUGCCGAGGAUCAGUAUAUCUCUGUCGAAGGCGAGUAUGCCUAUGCAGCUCCCGGUGAAGACGAGAUCCGUGGUCCCUGCCCUGGACUCAACGCCGCAGCCAACCAUGGUUACUUGCCACGCUCUGGAGUAGCUUCGAUUGAGGAGACUGUGCGCGGUCUCAACAAAUUGUACAACAUGGGCAUUGACCUGGCUGCUGCUCUUGCGGCUUACGCAAUUGUGAUUGACGGCGAUCUGCUCGGUGGAACUUGGUCCAUUGGUGGACCCCAGCCGUCCGAUCCUCUUGUGCCUAUCCUAGGCAAUGGUCAGGGUCUUUCUUAUUCCCACAACAGUUAUGAGGGAGAUGCGUCCAUUGGACGUCUGGAUGCCUUCACGAACAACGGCGAUGCCCACUCACUUUCCAUCGAGAAGUUCGAGUCUGUCUAUGCCGUUGGCGGCAAUGACACCUCCGAGGAUGGCUUUGACCAGCGCUACACCAUCGACAAGUUCCGCAGUCGCUUUGAAGAGGUUCAGCAGCACUCCAUCGACACCAACCCGUACUACUUCACUGGCGCUUUCUCCACGGUGGUAGUUGUGCCUGCAGCGUACAACUUCGUCAUCAACUUCAUGUCCAACCACUCGGAGGAGCAUCCAGCUGGAUAUUUGGAUGGAUACAACUUCAAGCAAUUCUUCGGUGUGAGUGGCAAGCCAGGCUCCUUCAAGUGGAACAGGGGCCAGGAACGUGUCCCCGAGAACUGGUACAAGCGCCCCACGAUCUCGCCAUACAACUUGGCCGAUGUUUUCGUUGAUGUUGGUAUUGGAUACCUCGCAUACCCCAACACUCUGAAGGUCGGUGGAAACACCGGAAAGGUCAACUCAUUCACUGGCGUCAACGUUGAAGAUCUCACUGGUGGUGUGCUUAACGCCAAGAAUCUCUUUGAGGGUGACAACUUUGCUUGCUUCGCCUUCGUUCUUCUUCAGCAAGGUAUCCCUCAUUUCCUCAAGGGACCGUUGUCGGAGCUCAACAACGCGACUUCAUUCCUGAAGCCUUUCCUUUCCCCACUUCUCGACAAGCUCACCUGCCCCGAGCUCAAUGGCUUUGACCAGAGUCUGUUUAACUCUUUCCCUGGCUACAAGUACAGCCCGACUGGUCCGGCCACGAACUACUAA